AGCACACUUCUCAUCCUUUUUACUUCACAUCCCUACUCUCACAACCCGAAAGAUGACACUCAUAAUGACCACCCAACCCUUCUCAAAUUCCUCCAGCUCCGUGGUCGACAUCCUCAUCCUAGGCGCCGGCUGGACCUCAACAUUCCUCAUCCCGCUCCUUAAAUCUCAAAAAAUCACCUACGCAGCAACCACCACAACAGGUCGAGACGGGACUCUUAAAUUCCAAUUCUCACUCCCCAAGAAUCACGAUCAGAAACCUGAUCUGAGUCAAUACGAUGCUUUACCCACAGCCAAAACAGUACUCAUCACUUUCCCAUUGCGAGGAGCGGAGGAGACGAAAUUCUUGGUCGAUGCGUAUCUGAAAACCCAUUCUCAUUCACAUUCAGAAUCUCAAUGUUCAGAUGCUCCAUCUGAAUCUGUCACCGCCUCGAAUGAGAACAACAGCAACAGCAAGCCAACCCACCCCUACCAAAUCAUCCAACUCGGCAGCACCGGAAUAUGGACGAUUCCAGACCAACCCACCUGGGUAACCCGACACAGCGCCUACAACACCUCCGACGCUCGCGCUCAAGCCGAAGACGCGCUUCUUGCUCUCGGCGGUUGUGUCCUCGACCUCGCGGGUCUGUGGGGCGGCCAGAGAAAUGCGAGGCAUUGGAUUGAUCGUGUUGCGUCCACCAAGGAAACGCUUGCUAGUAAGAAGAGCUUGCAUAUGGUUCAUGGGCUUGAUGUCGCAAGGGGGAUUGUUGCUGUUCAUGGAAAGUGGGGGAAGGCUGCUGGGGAGAGAUUUAUGCUGACCGACCUCAUGGUCUACGACUGGUGGGCGCUCAUCCUCGGCUUCGCGGGAGAACUUGACGUCGAGAAUGGGAAUGAUGAGAGAGCAGGGAAGCAGAUGAAGUGGAUUGGGGAGUUGAUGGAUGAGCAGGGGGUUAGGGCAUUGCCGAGGGAUAUGGAGAGUUUGGGGCGGUGUUAUGAUUCGAGGGAGUUUUGGAGCACGUUUGAGAUUAUGCCUACGAGGAGCAGGAUUUCGAGUGUGGUUAUUGGGGGGCAGUAUUAGAUUAUGUGAUUGGAAACGAUGUUUUAUUUGGGGGUGGAGAAAUUCAGCAAUAGAUUCCGACCCGCUUGUUAACUUACAGCUUCCAGCACUGCUCGUUAUCUUCUGCGAGUCCACCACAAGGGUCUCCGGUGUGUAGAUAGAGACUGCAUCGCCUCUGACAGGAGAAGUCCCUACAACAAAGUCCUCCUCCACAUCCCCUCCUCCUCUUCAAUCGCCCUCUUCAAAUUCUCCCUCAUCUUGAACCCAUGCCCCUCCCCCUCAAACACAAC